AUGCAUCUCCCACCUUUGAAGAGGCUCCUACCGAGAUGUUUAAUUAUUCUCCUUUACCUAAGUGGGUCACCACAUCGGGGGGUGCAGCUGGAAGGUAGAAAAAUAGGAGCCCCGCAGAGGCAAGCGCCUGUGCAUGUAAUCAAUCCGAUAAAGGGCGAAAUCACACACCACUCGGGAAAUCUCAAAUUGUUAAAAAAACUGAAUUUUAUUUUUUUUAAAAAGAAAGAAAACAAGUAUGAAAUGAAAAAUUUGGAAAACGUGCCCCUGUUUGUUGUGACCAACGAAUUUGACGAGGCGAUUUUGUCCUUCAGCUUGGACUACAGCAGGGGGGAGCCAACCGGGAGACAAGCAGAGGAGGAAAUAGAGAAGCAUGUGGGGAAGGAAAAAAGUGGGGAGGUACCCACAAAUGGGGAAGCACUCCCAAAGGGGGAAGCACCCCCUAGUAACGCCGCUAACCCACGGGGAGGACCCCCGCCCGCCCGCGGGGACAACCAACAGGACGAUGUAACGCUCGAAAAAAAUGGCCGCGAGGGGACGGAGCUGUUCCCCUUGUUAAAAGUUAACCAAAACAAACGGAGAGAAAUCAAUUUAAAAAACAUACAAAACAAUGACGCCGUUGGAAUUUUUUUCUUCGAUUUGAAAACUGCAGAAGCGUACAGAGAUGAUAUAUUACACCUGUUUAAUAAAAAUUUAAAAGAAAAAAAAAACAAUAAGCUGUUCUUUGGGUCUAAGAUCAAAUCAACCAACUUGAAACAUUUCCUGGAGCUUAAAGACUCCCACAGCAACACAAUCGAUUUUGUCUUAGUCCCUCAUUACGACCAACUCCAACAUGUGUUAAAGAAUAAAAAGGUUUUUUAUGGCACCCCUGUGUACUACAUCAAUAGGGUAACUCUACAAAGAUCGGCGAUUAAAAAGCGUUUUUAUGAGCUGUUUUUUCGCCAGAGUUUGAAGAAGGAUAUCCGGGUGGAGUUAUACCCAAAUGUGUUUCUAACAUACACACUGGAUGGGUCCAAUGACGGUCGUGCCUCCCUCAUCAUACAGCUAGAAACGCGAGACAAGAAGAAGUACGUACCCAUCUUCUUCUCCUACGAACAAGCUAGCCAAUUUUACAAAAUCUUUUUGGAUAAAUUUAAAGGCCAUUUUCACGAAUACUGUCUUCCCUCUCCGAGCAUCAAGUUGAACUCCUUUGAAAAUUUAUUAGCUCUCUUAAAAAUGGCCAACGAGGGGAAGGUACAUCCUUUUUACAACAUUUUUUUUGUGCCCAUGGGCAGCUCCCCUUAUGAAGAGAAAUUGCCUGCAGAGAGGACCAACUUGCUCUCCUUUUACACGAAGAAGCUUUUCCAGAGAAUAAAUUAUGACUUGUUCAGGUCGUUUAGGAAAAACUUGAAUUAUUUAAUUGCGGAUUAUUUGUACGAUUAGGGGGUGAGGAAGUUAUGCCAACUGGAGUUGGUGGGGGGCAUAUGACUCCGCCGAGGCUGUAGUGCCAAACAGGCAUAGCCCAUGGUGUGCUAGUACAAACUGCCGUGUGCAGUUUUAUCUGCUCAGUGGGAGAAGCGAAGCGAUUGGAAGAAAGAAAGAACAGCCCGUUUUGCAUCUUCCCCUCUUUGACGGCGCUCUCCCCCCAUGUGGUGCCCCACCCUGUGCGCGUCGCAUUUGCGAACUGUGUGGAAGCUCUUCUC